GGCACUGAGCUGUAAUCAAAGCAGGCACACAGGUCGAACUUUAUUAGCGGCCACUCGAUAGCCCAGGCUAACAAGGACGAGAACCACCACGCCGACAUUGCAGAAAGAGUGAGACGGGAAUGGUGGAGAGGUCUUCUCAGGCAGCGGACAGCCUCCCGAGGGCCCGAGGAGGAAGCGCCAAGUGAUAAUUUCUUCAUUACCUUUUGGAUCGGAAAGGUUGAUACAGGGUACAUUUUGCAGAACCAAAACUCAACGAAAGACCAUCUCCCUGUGUCGUGAGAGUCUUGAGGAUCCUGCCAUGGGCAAGACCGGACAGAGUACAGUGGACUUAAACUCCCCGAGUGACGUCAAGCAAGCGGUUCCCUUUGAGGAAAUGGAGCACGCGGCGCCCCCUGUGGACCAAGAGAAGCAAAAAGAGGAACCCCCUGACCGAGGCAGCUGGAAGGGCAAGUUUGACUUUCUGCUGUCGUGCGUGGGGUACGCCAUCGGCUUGGGGAACGUCUGGAGGUUCCCGUAUUUGUGUGGCAAAAAUGGUGGAGGAGCGUUUUUGAUCCCGUAUUUCCUGACUCUGGUGUUUGCUGGGAUACCGCUCUUCCUGCUGGAGACAUCUCUGGGACAGUUCACUUCAGUGGGAGGUCUGGGGGUGUGGAAGCUCCUGCCGAUGAUGAAGGGUGUGGGUCUGGCCGCAGUGGUUCUCUCCUUCUGGCUCAACAUCUACUACAUCAUUAUCAUAGCCUGGGCUCUCUACUAUUUGUUCAACUCCUUUAGUUCAGAGUUGCCCUGGCAAAACUGCGACAAUCCUUGGAACACCGACAAGUGUUUUUGCAACUACAGCCUGACGGACACCACCAACCUGACAAGCGCCGUCACAGAGUUUUGGGAGCGUAACAUGCACCAGCUGUCCAGCGGCCUGGAGGAGCCUGGGGAGAUCCGUUGGCCCCUGGUGGGCACCCUGGCGCUCGCCUGGGUCCUCGUCUACUUUUCAAUAUGGAAGGGAGUGGAAUGGACGGGGAAGGUGGUGUAUUUCUCAGCUACCUAUCCUUACUUCAUGCUCUUCAUACUGUUCUUCCGAGGGGUCACCCUACCCGGAGCCAUCGACGGUAUCCGUUUCUACAUCACUCCGGACUUUAAUAAGCUCAUCAGCUCAGAGGUGUGGCUGGAUGCCGCCACUCAAAUCUUUUUCUCCUACGGCCUGGGUCUUGGCUCACUCAUUGCACUGGGGAGCUACAACAACUACAAUAAUGAUGUCUACAAGGACUCCAUCAUCGUGUGUUGCAUCAACUCCUUCACCAGCAUGUUUGCAGGCUUUGUUAUCUUCUCCAUUGUGGGUUUCAUGUCGUACAUCACCAAGAAGCCAGUUCAUGAGCUCGCCGCUUCGGGUCCCGGUUUGGCGUUUUUGGCGUACCCUCAGGCGGUUACGCAGCUGCCCAUGUCGUCCCUGUGGGCCAUCCUCUUCUUCUCCAUGCUAAUGAUGUUGGGCUUGGACAGCCAGUUUUGCACAGUGGAAGGUUUCAUCACAGCUCUGAUGGACGAGUAUCCCUUAUUACUAAGGAAGCGGAAGAAGGUGUUCAUCCUGAUUGUCUGCUUUGUGUCCUUCAUCAUUGGGUUCUCUAACGUCACACAGGGCGGCUUGUACGUCUUCAAGCUGUUCGACUACUACUCGGCCAGCGGAAUGUGCCUCCUUUACCUCGUCUUUUUUGAAACCUUCUCCAUCGCCUGGCUCUACGGAGCCGAGAGGUUCUACAAGGACAUCGAGGACAUGAUCGGUUACCGACCCUGCAUUUGGUGGAAGCUCUGCUGGAAGUUUUUCACGCCGCUCAUCUGCCUGGGUGUGUUUACCUUCAGCGCUGUGGAGAUGACACCCCUUACUCUGGGCAACUACGUUUACCCCGUGUGGGGCCAAACCAUCGGCUGGUUCAUGGCCUUUUCUUCUAUGGUGCUGAUCCCGGGCUACGUCGUCUACAUGCUGUACAUCACACCUGGGAGCAUCAAGGAGCGCUGGAAGAGGAUGACGGCGGCGCAGCAGGAAGACAAACCGAAGGGUCACGAUGUUUUUAAGCACACUGGGAAUGUUGGUGAAGCCCUCGUCUAGCCCCCUCCUUUCCCUAAAAUAAUAAAUCAUGUCAGGCCAGAUUUAGUGACAUUUGAAACGUGGAUGUAGCACUUUUUUAGGACAUUUUACAGUCCAAAACGGGAACUGAAGGCCAUAUACAGUGGGGGAAAUAAGGAUUUAGUCAACCACCAACUGCGCAAGU